CUGAGCUUCAAAGGGAGACUCAAGAUCUAUUAUGAAUAUAUGUUUAUUUCAAAACUUUUAUCUGAAACAUUGAUGAACUUUGCAAAUAAUAGCAGAGUCUUUUUUCCUUUGUUUUUGUAUCUUGGCCAUACUGUGCAGCUUUCGAGAUCUUAGUUUUCUGACCAGGGAUCAAACCCGCACGCUGGGCAGUGAAGGCGUAAGUCCUAACCACUGGGCCACCAAGGAAUUCGCAAGAAGCUUAUCUUAAGGAACUCAGAGUGCAACGACAAAAGUUGCAGAGAAAUCCCAGGACUCAGUUGACCUGUCCUUUCUGCCACCAUGGGGGAGCUUUUCCGGAGUGAGGAGAUGACACUGGCCCAGCUUUUUCUACAGUCAGAAGCUGCUUAUUGUUGUGUCAGUGAAUUAGGUGAACUUGGAAAGGUUCAGUUUCGUGAUUUAAAUCCAGAUGUGAACGUUUUCCAGAGGAAAUUUGUGAAUGAAGUUAGAAGAUGUGAAGAAAUGGACCGAAAGCUUCGAUUUGUUGAGAAGGAGAUAAGGAAAGCUAACAUCCCAAUUAUGGACACUGGUGAAAACCCAGAGGUGCCCUUCCCCCGGGACAUGAUUGACUUAGAGGCUAAUUUUGAGAAGAUUGAAAAUGAACUGAAGGAAAUCAACACAAACCAGGAAGCUCUGAAGAGAAAUUUCCUGGAACUAACUGAAUUAAAAUUUAUACUUCGCAAAACUCAACAGUUUUUUGAUGAGGCUGAAUUGCAUCAUCAGCAGAUGGCGGAUCCAGACCUGUUGGAAGAGUCCUCGUCCCUCCUGGAGCCAAGCGAGAUGGGAAGAGGCACGCCCUUAAGACUUGGCUUCGUGGCUGGUGUGAUUAACCGGGAGCGCAUCCCUACUUUUGAGCGCAUGCUUUGGCGGGUGUGCCGGGGGAAUGUGUUCCUGCGGCAGGCUGAAAUCGAGAACCCCCUGGAGGAUCCUGUGACUGGAGACUACGUGCACAAGUCUGUGUUCAUCAUUUUCUUCCAAGGCGAUCAGCUGAAAAACAGAGUCAAGAAAAUCUGUGAAGGGUUCCGGGCUUCACUCUAUCCCUGUCCUGAGACACCGCAGGAGAGAAAGGAGAUGGCUUCUGGAGUUAAUACCAGGAUUGAUGAUCUCCAAAUGGUUCUGAACCAAACAGAGGAUCACCGCCAGAGGGUUCUUCAGGCUGCUGCCAAGAACAUCCGUGUCUGGUUCAUCAAGGUGCGGAAGAUGAAGGCCAUCUACCACACUUUGAACCUGUGCAACAUAGAUGUGACCCAGAAGUGUCUAAUUGCGGAGGUCUGGUGCCCUGUCACUGACCUUGACUCCAUCCAGUUUGCGCUCAGAAGGGGCACGGAGCACAGUGGUUCCACCGUGCCCUCCAUUCUGAACAGGAUGCAGACAAACCAGACUCCUCCCACCUAUAACAAGACCAACAAGUUCACGUAUGGCUUUCAGAACAUAGUGGAUGCUUAUGGAAUUGGCACUUACCGAGAGAUAAAUCCAGCUCCAUACACCAUCAUCACUUUCCCUUUCCUGUUUGCUGUGAUGUUUGGUGACCUUGGCCAUGGCAUUUUGAUGACCCUUUUCGCUGUAUGGAUGGUGUUAAGAGAGAGCCGGAUCCUCUCCCAGAAGAAUGAGAAUGAGAUGUUCAGCACUGUAUUCAGCGGCCGGUACAUCAUUCUGUUGAUGGGCGUGUUCUCCAUCUACACUGGCCUCAUCUAUAAUGACUGCUUUUCCAAGUCUCUUAAUAUCUUUGGGUCAUCCUGGAGCGUACGGCCGAUGUUCGAUAUAUACAACUGGACGGAAGAGACACUUCGGGGGAACCCUGUCCUCCAGCUGAACCCAGCCGUCACUGGAGUUUUUGGUGGACCAUAUCCUUUUGGCAUCGAUCCAAUUUGGAACAUUGCUACCAAUAAACUGACCUUCCUCAACUCGUUUAAGAUGAAGAUGUCUGUCAUCCUUGGUAUCAUCCACAUGUUGUUUGGAGUCAGCCUGAGUCUUUUCAACCACACCUACUUCAAGAAGCCCCUGAAUAUCUACUUUGGAUUUAUUCCGGAAAUAAUCUUCAUGACCUCUUUGUUUGGUUACUUGGUUAUCCUUAUUUUUUACAAGUGGACGGCCUAUAAUGCUAAGACAUCGGAGAAAGCACCAAGCCUUCUGAUCCAUUUCAUAAAUAUGUUCCUCUUUUCCUACGGGGACUCUGGUAAUUCAAUGCUGUAUUCUGGACAGAAAGGAAUUCAGUGUUUCCUGGUAGUGGUUGCACUGCUGUGUGUCCCUUGGAUGCUACUGUUUAAACCACUGGUCCUUCGCCGUCAGUAUUUGAGGAGGAAGCAUUUGGGAACUCUCAACUUUGGUGGGAUCAGGGUGGGCAACGGACCGACAGAGGAGGAUGCUGAGAUUAUUCAGCAUGACCAGCUCUCCACCCAUUCAGAGGACGCGGAGGAGCCUACCGAGGACGAAGUGUUUGAUUUUGGGGACACCAUGGUGCACCAGGCCAUCCACACCAUCGAGUACUGCCUGGGCUGCAUCUCCAACACCGCCUCCUACCUGCGGCUCUGGGCCCUCAGCCUCGCUCAUGCACAGUUGUCCGAGGUGCUUUGGACCAUGGUGAUCCACAUCGGCCUGAAGGUGAAGAGCCUGGCCGGGGGCUUGGCGCUGUUCUUCAUCUUCGCCGCCUUCGCCACCCUGACCGUGGCCAUCCUCCUGAUCAUGGAGGGCCUCUCAGCCUUUCUCCAUGCGCUGCGGUUACACUGGGUGGAGUUCCAGAACAAGUUCUACAGCGGGACUGGCUUCAAGUUCCUGCCUUUCUCCUUUGAGCACAUCCGGGAAGGGAAGUUUGAUGACUGAGCCCCCAAGGGGCUGUGUGCCCGGCUGCCCUCUGCUCCCCGCCACAGUGGUUAGCUGUGCUCCGCUUGCCUGCUGGUUGUGAUCCCUGGGUAUCAGGGCACCUGUGUCAUCCCCAUCCCCUCCCCCCAGCCACCUGUGAGGCAUUUAGCUCGAUCCAGGUCCCCCAGAUCCCCCAGUCCCCUGCCACCCGCAGCUUGGUGUGUGGUAGUGUAGUGGUAUUUUAGAGAAGCCGCGCUCUGACGGUCACUCACACCCGCUCACCCUGGGCACCCACCCUGCCCUCCCGGCCUCUGUCUCACUCUUUCUUUGCCCCCUGGUGGUGAACCCAUUUGUGAAUUUACACGAGAGCCAAGAGCACUUGGAGGGGGGCCGUCCGCUGUCCACACCCGAACUUUGAGCCCCUGCUCCUGCCAUUCUCUCUCCUGGCUGGGGGUGGGGUGCUCUUUAACACUCCCCACUCUUAGAUUAGCAGCGAGGCAUCCAAGGAGGUGGUGUUUUUGUCCUCCACUCACUCGCUUUGAUCUUCAGUGCUUGCUCAUCAGGAGUUCGGCUCAACCCAGCUGCGCCAGCAAGCAUGGCGUCUCCCUGGCAGCCCGGAGUGUCCGUAGAUACCCCACACCACCUUCCUAAGCACACCCUAAACUCGCACCUUCCCCCCCUCCCUCCCAGAUUCCCCUUUUGGUACCCAGCAUAACCUGCACAGCUGGGAGGGCCCAAGACAGAGGUCCUGACUGGCUUCCUUGGUUGGCUGAGUCUCAGGCCACGCUUGGACCAUGCCACAAGCACACCCUCUGCACAGAGGUUCCAGACUGAUGUCCUUUCCUGGUGCAGAUGGGAGACCUUGCCCACCCCCAAUUAUGAGUCUCAGAAUUGUAGUCAUCAAGGUGUUUCUGCCUGCUCUGCCCACCAGUGCCCCUCCCUACCUCCGUGACAACCCCACGUCCAGUGAGUCCUGGGUGGGAAGGUCGAUGGCAUUUACCAUUUGCUGGUUGGAGGCAGCUGGCAGGGCUGCCAGUGUGUGUGGCUGUGUGAGCAUGGCCCUGAGCACUACCUCCCCAUCACCCCCACAGCAGGAGAUGGAUCUUGGGGCCUUUUAAUCAUGUAUUGGCACGGCAGCCCCAGCUGCUUCAGCUAAAUUGAUCAGCAGACCUUCAGUGAUCGAGAGGACCCCCUAAAUUGGUCAGCCCCCCACACACACACACUUGUCAAAGGGAGCUGCUUGGAGCUGCUCAGUGACUCCCCAGGCUAUCUGCCCCACCCCAGCUUGACCCCGUGCCAGCCAGUGUGACCUGACCCAGCCCAUGUGCAGAGCCCCUCCUGUCUGGCCCCUGUGGGUUACAUGAUGACCUUUACUCUGUGGACAGAGGGGUUGGAAGCAGAGUUCUUGAUCAGGAAUCCUGCCAAGGUCCUUCUGUUCAGACAUUCCUGUGCUGAAUAAAGUGUGUUUGACUCUA